AUGGGGAUCGCGGAUAAUCUUGGCCUGAGGGCACUGAUAUCAGCCUGCAAAUUCUGUCCUUUCCAAAUCUGCGACUGCGCGGAUGACCUGAGCAAAGUCCGCGAAUCGGUCUUCGACUUUCUUGACCCGGCACAUGCAAACCAGGUUGACCAGAAUACAUUCAAUGCGAUCUGUCACGACCUCGACAAGCAUCCUCAUUCCCACAGCUUCCCGACCAUCAGUCCAGAUGAGGAAAAGCAGCGAGACGAUGGCGUAUUUGAAAGCUCCGUGGACGCUGCCUUCAACAUCUUCCGUGAGAUGGAGCGAGAUUUCCUACUGAAAGUACCAGUCGGACCACUUCGCCACGACGAUACCACUACAAAGUACUGGUGGGAUGGCGCCGCACACCUUCGCCACCAUGUGGAGUUUCUUCUCGUAUUGAAGGGUGUCAAGCCCUGCGUGCUGUUUUCCAAAAACAAACCUGAGCACACUUCGGUCUUCAGCUCCGUCGUCAUGGACAUCCUCAUCCCUGUUAUGAACCACAUGCAACUAUGGUCUUACGGAUUCAAGAUCAGCUUUGAGUGCCUCGAGUGGGUGUUCUACGAUGCUCGAUCACCCCUUCUCCCCCAAAUCACGAAGAUCUUCCUCACCGACCACACUUCGAAGAAGGUGGACAGGACUGGUGCAUAUCCCGCCAAGGACUCGGACAAGCCCUACCUCGUCCCCCACCUGGAGGUCGCCCAAGCACUCGCAUACCCAAUCCGCUCCGACCAUUUCGACAGUGAUUGCUACGUCAACAUCCAAGAUGCGACUGAGAUGGAUGUCUUGGAAUGUAUGGGCCGGCCCCGUCCCCACUGUUGUGUCUACGGGAUGGGAUUUGGUAGCCCUGUUGGCAACGAAGACGACUGGAUGAAGAUUCUCACGCACUACCACAAGUGCGCGGAGACAGCGCGGAAAUUUGGCACCGACCUUCGUCUUGUUCUGAAACAUGAAAAGAUGACCGCCUGGUUGACGAGCAACCCGGGAUGGCUCGUCGGGCCAGUCCCGUGGGUUGGAAGAAGUGGGCCGAAGUUGCAGGAGAUUUCGGACAAGCCGUAG